AUGUCCACUGAGAACAAUGGGGUUUACGACCUCAGCGAGUCGCGCCAAGGCAACAUCAUAGCAUGUGCUAUUCUUACAUGGUUGAUAUCAGCCGUGGUCGUAGCCAGUCGCAUGUACCUCAGAGGGAGCUUGAUGAAGCUACUCGGCCCUGAGGACUGGGUGAUCUUGGCGGCCCUGUUCUUCUCCCUCGCACAGAGCAUCGGAUUCACUGUCAUGGCGGGUCUAGGGCUGGGGAGACACGUCGUUGCGAUUCCACCGCAGAACUUCCUGCCCAUGCUUGAGGCAUCAUGGUUCACGAUCCUUUUCUACACAUGUAGCCUGUCUCUCUCGAAAGUCAGCGUCCUGCUGCUAUACUUGCGGACCCUGACCAUCUGCAUUGUCUCGAUCAUACGCAUCGUGCUGCUUGCCACCAUCCAAAAUGGCCCUGACUACAGUUACAUGGGUGUGGAGACUACUUACUGGUCCCUGAUAGAAAUCAACACGGCCAUCGUCUGCGCCUCCAUAAUGACGCUGAAACCGCUCUUCAACCGCAUAUUCACCCAGUCAACAAGGCAGACCACGGCAACACCAGACGAGGCCGCUCCAGGCCACCACCAUCAGCACAUCCCCCUGCCGACCAUCGGGUCUCGGCCGUCACGCAAGGCGGUGCCGCCGAUCCAGACCAGGCAGUCGUGGCUGAGCGCGCAGCUGGCCAAGCUGGACAAGUCGCUGCAGACCGUCUCCGAGACGCGGGUCGCCGGAAACGAUGAGGAGGCCAACCUCCGGAGACCCGAGACGGCGACGGCGGGCUCGAGGAGCGAUACAGAGCUGCCGCCCUGGCCGCCGGCGCGGGCGCCCGCGGGGAGGGACAGGCUUAGCCACAACUCUAGCAUCAUAACGCCUGUUGAGCAGAACGCGGAUGAGGGGCCCUUGAGGUGA